AUGAUAAUGGUGUUCCACUGGAUUAGGAAGACGCCCCUGACAGAGAAGCCGUGUUCUACCACCUCAGCCAGACCUUCUGCCUCUGCACCGGCUUGCAACACUCCUCACAUUUCACCCUACUUCACGAGGAGCAAGACACAACCCGCUCCGCUCAGGAGGUCCAGCAGGCGCAAGGUGCCGCGAUUGCCGAAUCUCACCGACCCCAAGUUUUUAAGAUCGGUCAUUGGCAGCGUUGGCCGGAAGAGAGCCCGCAGGCGUGGCAAGCCAAAGAAGGCUCCAGUGGGAACAAGAAAAGGGGAAGCGGCCUACUGGAGUCGCCAUUGACAUACACUCUCAGCCAGAGCCAGUUUGCCAAGCAGAAAAACUCCUGGCCGGCAAGGACAACGUCCACGGCCAGGCCAAGAACCAGCCAGCAGCCCAUCUUGGAGGAAGGAAGAUCACCCUCCGGGAGGGCCUGUGCAGGAGCGGGGCCAGGUGACAGCGGCGCCUGCGCAGUGAGGGGGCAAGCGGGCUUCCCUGACGAGCUCGAGGGAGCUUACAGAGAAAAACAAGCUCAAAACACAAGAAGAAAACAAUUUUUAAAAUAAUAAGAAUUGAAUAUGGAUAGACUUUAUAGGCUGCGAACCGCCCCGAGGCCUCCAGAGGAAGAGCUGUAUAUAAUAAAUAGUAAUAAAAUACAUAAAUAAUUACAAUAAAAACAUAACGACUCUAGCAAAACGUACGUUCCCUGUUUUGUUUUAUAUUUUUAUCUGCUGCCCUUUUCCUUGACAGGAACUCCAAGUCAGCGGCUCAGCGCCUCCGGGGGAAGCGGUCCGGCGGCACGAAGAUUCCUCCGCCUUCCGGCCGGGCUCCCGGGGCCUCCCGACGUCACCUUCCCGCGUCGCCCAAUGCGGGUGCCGGAUGCGGAGGGGCGGGGCAAGCAGGCCCCGCCCCGGAGCGGCCUUCUGUUGCUAGGGCCGCAGAGUCGGGUAGCAACGGUGAGGAGAGGCUGAAAUCAAACCGUUUGAGAUUUACAGCGUUGGCUGUGUCUCUAGAGACUGAUAUGGAAGAGAAAGCUGGGGCAGAUGAAAGCUGAAAAUGCACCAUGGUUUUCUCUCUCUCCAGGCCUCCCAGCAGUCAUUCUUCCUCUAGUCACUGCUGUGGAUACAUGACCUGACUGUCUACAAGGGAUUUCCACAUGGCAGGGUUUAUGUUGCUAGCCUUCAUGUUACGUUUGCAGACAUAGUUGUAAGAGAGUUGGUCUGCCAGCGGGUCUGGUGCCUGAAGCCAGCUCCCCAAAGAGCACAUCCUUGAGGAUCCUGCUGUCUUCCAUGUUGUGGACAUGAUCAAGCCCGUGUAGAUGUGUGAACAUGCUGGGAAUGUGGGCUUGUGAGAGCCCAUAUUGGAUAUUCUGUCCUACCAUGUGAUGCCCCAAAAGUUCCUGAUGCAGCACAUGUGGAAGUCAUGGAGGCGUUGCUCCUGGGGGUGUAAGUUGCCCACGACUCCCAAACUACUAUUUUUACAAGGCAUGUCCUCCUAAAAUGCAUGCAUAUUAAGAGCAAACAGAGUAUGCCUUUUUCAUUGCAGCCCUUAUGGAAAUGUAUGCAGAUUUAAAACUUCUAACCAUUCAAUGAAGAUUUGAGUGACAGCCCUCCUUUUGUUUUCUUUACUCUGCUCAUUAAGAUGAUGUUCCAUUUUGAAGCUCUCUACAUCUAUGGUACAAUUUUCUCACAUAGAAGCAGGUCAGAGGAUGACAAGAAAGGGAAGGUGGAAGAAGACAAGUUACAAAGCAGAAGCAUCCAGUAGCAGAGAACAGUAGCUGAGAGUUAUGUAGAAACGGGUGGAAAAUCCUACCCAUUCUUUCUUUUAUUCUAUUUACCGUAUUUUUCCGUGUAUGAGAUGCCCCCAUGUAUUUUGGGGGACUCCUAUUUCAGACAAUGGGGGGAGAUGGCCCAGAGUUGUUGAGCGUUUUGGGAGGAGGGAAUGCCCAAAAUCACCCACCAUAAUGAUAAACGCUGCCUAUCGCACGCGUCACAAAAGCAGCAAACCGACGGCCCGAUCGCCACCACUAGCCGGCAAGCGCACGCACAAUUGACGCAGCGGAAGCCAAUCAACAGCAGCCCUUGAUGCAUCCAAAAAUCAACAACCCAAUUGCUGCCGCAGCAGCCAAUCCAAACCAGCCAUUGCCACAGCCACCAAACACCCACCCCAUCGUGUAAAUGUUUUAUAGUCUAUAUUUAAUAAAGAUAUUGGCCUGUAGUUUUUUAUAAAUCUCAGAUCUGUGCCUUGCUUUGGGAUAAGAGUUAUUAAUGCUUCUUGCCACGAAUUGGGUAUUUCUCCUUUAUCUAGAAUUUCAUUCAUGAUUGAUUGUAAUUUGGGUGUUAUUAUUUCCUCUAGUUUUUUAUAAGAUGUUACUGAGAUUCCGUCUGGUCCCGGCGAUUUCCCAUCCUUCAUAUUUUUAAUCACUUUUUUAAUCUCUUCAAGUUCAAUAUUUGAAUUUCAAUUUGCAUAUUCUUCUUCUAUGUCUGGUAGUCUAUUUUCUAAUAGGUAUUUUCUCUUCUCCCUCACCAAGUAAUGCAUUGUGCAAAGUACCCUUGUCAUGUCUCUGACUUUGACAAGGAAACACUGAAAUUAAAGAAAUUCCCCCAAAGAAACAGGUAAGUACGGCAGUAUUGCAAAGUCAGUAUUAUUUCCUUGAGAUGGCCAGAAGACAAUGCUGAUGGACAAGUGCUGUUAAUUAUUAAGGGGUUGAAGCAUGUUGUUGCAACACAUUGGGGUGGGGUGGGGGACUGAUGAACGGACAGAGCAUCAGGAAGUGGUACAAACGGUGAGCAAAAUUUGAAGAAUUCUUGGCUGGGCAAAGAGAGCAAGUUAGCCACAGUGGGAUCUGCUCACGAAACAGUUCUAUCUGGGAAGGGUAAAAUGCUGACUUGGCUCCACCAACGCUCUGCCUUUAAGGGUUCUUGUGGGGCCAGGCCAGCUCCAGGAUCUGACGGUCCUCUCAGGCAGUGGAGCCAUCAGGGCAGGAAUCUGGGGCAAGUGUCCAUGGGCCCCGCUUGGCACAAUGACCAGAACACGCCCCCCAAGUUAAAUAGGCUGGCACACCACAUUUUAAAUUUCAUUCUGAAAAAUUAGCUACGCCAGCUCUGUAAUACUAGAGCAAAGAUUAUAAUGCAUAUUGUUGUUGUAAUUUUAUAAAUAUUAUAAAACGCAUUCCUGCAAGCCAUGUAGUCUGGAACUCAGUCACCUCUCCCAUCAUUAAUUGUAGUCAUAGGAGUUCCUACAUGCAAAUGGAGUUCAUUAAUAAUAACUAAUAACGACUUGGAAAAGAACCUCCUGAAGCUUCGGAAAGACCAGAAAGGUUAGUUGGGAUGCUGCAGGGACGACCUCUAAAGGUGUGUGUGUGUGUACUGAACUUAAUUACCCAGCAGGUGCCCUUUCGCAAAGUCUUUUUGUUCUUUUGAACAACAGCCAUGGGAAAGUUGCGAGUUUAAGAAGAAAGACGGGUGAGAGGAGAGGUUACUUGACCCUGCGCCCUCCUGGCAUUUUUCUGAUUCAAAACCUCCCACCAACACCGCAGGCUGCUUUUCUACUAGGGUGGGGAGGGGUGUUGGAUCUGCUCCCCUGCCUUGAAGAAAGGCGCAGGUCAGAUGUGGGCCCAGACCUGGCCACGCUUCGCAAGAGAGGUGUGUUGGUUCAAGGUGGCCACGCUGCCUGCAACUUGCACUCCUUCCUGACAUGUCUUUCCCAAACCCCUUCUUCCAGAGGAUGUGCUGAAGAUUUCUAUCACGUGGAACACAAACUCGUGGAACUACCUCGAGGCUCAGGCAGUGGUGAAAACCCUCCUCAAGCAUGAGACGGCAGAGAGCCUCUUGCAAUACGAAGGGAUCAAAGCAGCUGUGGAGUCUCUCCUACCAUACACGGCACUUCCAGAGGCUGGGCCGGUUACUGCAGGCCUCCAUGUUCCUCGAUUUCAUGUGGCAAAACAUGAAGCUGCCUGA